GGAGCGGCGGCGGCGGCGGCCCAUGGCGGAGCAGGAGCGGGCGCGGGGCGCGGAGGCGGCGCGGGGCGCGGAGCCGCUGUGGCGGACGCCGCCGGGCCGCCUGGCCCCGCCGCACGUGUACCGCAUGGCCGGCGCCCUGGGCUCCGAGCUGCGCCGCCUCUCGGGCCGCUUCGGGCCCGACGCCGUGGCCGGGCUGGUGCCGCCCGUCGUGCGGCUCCUGGAGCUGCUGGAGGCGCUGGUGGCCCCGGCGGGCGCCGAGGCCGAGGCGGCGCCGUCCGGGCGGCAGGACGCGGAGGAGCUGGAGCAGAGGCUGUGGGCGGCCGAGCGGCGGGCGCGGGCCCAGGCCGAGCGCCUGGCCCGCCUGGAGGAGCAGAACCGGCAGCUCCUGGGGCAGCUCGCGGAGAGCCAGUCCCACGAAGACAGCACCGCGCGGAAGGAGCGAGAAGUGAUGCUGCGGCUGAAGGAGGUGGUGGACAAGCAGAGGGAUGAGAUUCGCGCCCAGGCCCACGAGAUCGUCUGCAAGAGCCGAGACACGGAGGCGCUGCAGGAGCAACUGAAUCGCUUCAUGUCCAUGAACGAGGACCUGCGACACAAGGUGGCCGUGGUGCAGGCUCAGCUCAAGAGCGCCCUGGAGAAGAAGUCAGACCUGGAGGCUGUCGUGCUGCAAACCCAGAGGGAAUUGAGCAGGAGGACCAGGAUUGCCUCCGAAGCCCAGCCGCCAAAGCCCAGCCUGGGAGCUGCUGAACGAGGAGAGAAUUCCCAGCUUCUUCCUGGACGCAAUGAAAUCAACUAUCAAAAAACAGAGGAGAAAAAUCAGAGCCAAAAUGCUGGGAACGGCGGAGGAGCCGGCGAGCAGCGACGAGGACGAGGGCUCCUGGCUCACGGCUCACGGCACCGACUGCGUGGAUGCUCCGCCGCCCGAGUCCAAAAUCAGGAGCUUCUUCGGGCUGUGGUAUCAGGGCAGCAGCGGAGACCCCCCCGCGCCCAGCUGCGCCGGAGCCUGGGAAAUCGUCGACUCGCUGGAAACGCACCCGGAGCAGGAGGGCGAGCGCAGGCCGGCGGCCGGCUCUCCGGACACAGCGCCGCCGCCUCUCUGACCCGACCCGACUCGCGUGGGAGGCCGGCUCCGGCCUCGCUUCCCUCCCUCGGCUCCAUCCUGGCCGCUUCCCAGCUCUGCUGGCGGCGAAGCUGCUGCGUGGGCAGCCGUGCCCCGCGUCCCCGCUCCUCUGCCCCGUCCCCCUCUGCCGGCAGCUCGCGGCCUCGCCGGAUCCUGCCCUGCCCGGGGCUGCUGAGACCGCGGUUAUUUUGCUUCCUCCCUUUCCCACCCUUCCUCCCCCCCAUCCUUGCAACGUGAAGAUGAAGGAGGAGCGUCCGGGCGGGCUGGCCGGGCGCUGCCCUGGGGAAGGCACGUUUCGGGUUCACCGCACGCUUGCACCGCGGCCGAGCACGUCGCGCCGGCGAGGGCUGGGUGCCCGCCCGGGCGGUUCUGCGUCGGGAGCCGCCCAACGCGGCACGGCACCGGCCGCUCCUGCACUUCUCAGACUGGGGGUGAAUCGGUUUUGUACUGGGACUUCUUCCUUCUGCUACUGGAAACUGGAAGACUGUAAUGUCACCCCCCCCGUCCCCAGCUUCAUGGGGACAGCUCGGUCCUCACGGGUCAGGUACUUCCUAGCUCUAGAACCAGAGUCGGAAAUAAAUCAAUCUCUUGCUCGUCCCACAAA